AUGGCCCGGGCGCUUUUGGCGGCCGUUGCCACGGGGUCGCUGGGGUUCUGCCUGGCCGACGCCGUGGAGGGCGACUGCAAGGAUGGCGAACAGCAGGGCCUUUCGUUUAUCCAGGCCAAGGCCAUGGCGCGUGAUCCUGCUUCAAAGAAGGCCGUGGAAUACCACUGGGGCUCCGGACGCGGCAACUUUCCAGAGUACGCUGUGUCCCACGCCACUGCGCCCUUUGAGCUCGCGAAGAAGAUAGCCUGGACCUGGUCCCACCCAAUGGGAAGGUUUGCAACUUUGACCUACGGAACUGCCAUCGACCACCAGCGGAACAUCUAUCUCUCCGGCGCUGACGGAGUGCGGAAAUUCGACGAAUCCGGCAAGCAGCUGUGGGAGUAUGAAUCCCUCCCUGCUGAGAUGAUGGAUGCCCCAUCGCUUCAUGACGGCAAGGUGAUCGGAAGCGACACCAAGGGCAACGUAGUUGCCCUGGACAUGGAAACCGGCAAGGUGGUGUGGAAGUCAAAGGUGGCAAAGGAGAUUGGCCAGGACAAUGGCUUUACCAUGGCCAAGGGGGGAGUGGCGCUGGCUGCAUGCGACUGGCGGAAUCCGGGCCCCAAGGGUGAAGCAAACCACAGGAUUCAAGCUUUGAAUGCUUCUACGGGAAACCUGAUGUGGAGCUAUGAGCCAGACAAUCCAGUCUGGAACUUCCUGCCGCUCUUUGUGGAUGAUGGGGACUUCGUGUUCCAAGACCUCACUGGCAAAGCCUACAGAGUCGACCUUCACACCGGAAAUGUUCUCUGGAAGAAUGGAGGUCUAGACGGAACUUGGACCGAUGGCGGCGCAGCCGUUGGCAACGGCAUGGUCUUCACCGUGCACAACAACGAGAAAGCCCCCCUGGAUGGUCUGACGGAGUUCAACCCCGGCACGCUGAGCGCUUUCAACUUGAAGACGGGCGAUCUGGUUUGGAAGGUUGUUACGCCACGGCCUCCAAACAACGCCCCGGCAGUGGGAAAGGUCAGAAACUUGGACGGGCUGUCUGUCGUCAUGCCUGUCUGCCAGCAGGUUGUGCCUGGAUCCAACUGCGAUGUCCAUGUCUACAGCGCGGACAAUGGAAACCUUCAAUGGGUCUUCCAUGGACCCCAGCAGACAGGACUCCUUCAAGCUGGAGACAUGGAAGGCCUAGCAUUCCGCACUGCCCGCGGUGUACGCGGCAUGUGCCUCCCGAACGGAUGGAGUGCGCCGAGCAUCGACGCAGAGGGAACCGUCUUCGUGGGCAACGAAGAGGGAAAUCUCUACGCACUUCGUGACGUCGAUGGCAACGGCGUGAUCUACGGCGAUGACGAGAUGCAAUCCUUCGACACCAAGGUCCUGCGAACAUGGGCAUAG